AUGCACACCAAUAGUAAUUAUCAAAAGAUUACCUCAGAACAUUUAAAUACCCAGUUGAAUAAUCUGACGACAUUCUUAAAGCAUUUAUCAACCGAAAGUAAAUUGGCCAACAGACCUGUUGAUGAUAGCUCAAUGUUCAAUAGAAGUAAUGAAGUAACUGGAUCUAACACAAUUGAUUUACAAGACAUUAUGCAAACAUUUCAAGAGCAAUAUAUGAAUCAGUUGACUAAUUCUUGGGUUUUAUCAAUGAUAAAUAAUCUGAAGCAUAAUAAAAUGGAGCCAUGUCAUGAAGUGCUGCAGCAAUCAACGUUAGAACAAGAUGAUACAAAUGUACAAGUAAAUAUCUGUUCACAAUAUGAGCCAUCAAAUGUUAGUUCAGAGGAUAUAUCUUUAUGCAAAAAAUCAAAAGAAUUUUCUUCACGUUAUUCACCAAUAUUAGAAGUUAAAACAAAUUAUAAAUCACUUCAUUAUAAGAGUAAAACAAAAGAUUCAAUGUUUCAAUUCAAAGUAAAUGUUAAUGAAAAACAGAAAGGAGAAGAUUAUGAAGCGAAUAGUGGAUGUAUAUCAGACGGUGAAAUACUUUCUGAACGUAAUAAUAAUAAUAAUAAUAAUUCAAAACGAAAUGAACACAAUAACUUUGAUGAGGAUGAUGAUGAUGAUAUUGAUGGUAUACAUUUCUCAUCUGAUAUAAAGUUAUAUGACAAACAUAAAAGUGCUUCUAUAACUGGCAGUGAUAUAAAUGAUACUGGUGACAGUGAAGAUGAUAAUGAUAAUGAUUAUGAUGAUGACAGUAAUAAUAUCGGUGAUAGUAAACGUCAGAGGCGAACACGUACUAAUUUCUCUGGACAACAAUUAAGUGAACUUGAAUUAGUUUUUCGUGUAAGUCAUUAUCCAAGUAUGGUUGUAAGAGAAGAACUGGCUCAACGUCUUGGCUUACCUGAAUCUCGUAUACAAGUUUGGUUCCAAAAUCGAAGAGCUAAAUGGCGUAAACGAGAACAUACGCGUAAAGGACCUGGGAGACCAGCUCAUAAUGCUCAAUUGAUCACAUGUUCAGGUGAACCAAUUGAUCCAAAAGAAUUAUUAAAACGAGAAGCGAAUCGUUUAGAGAAGAGAAGACGUAAACUCAUUGAAAAACGUAUACAAGGCGUAAAGAAAAAACAAACUGAAGCUAAACUGAACCAUACACCAAAAGGUUCUUUAGCUAAGACAACACAACGAAAUAUCAAUCGUUAG